AUGGAUUCUUUUCAAUGCGAUAGGGGAUGUUACAACUGGAGUGACUGCAGCAAUAUCUGUGACAAAGAUACAAUGAAAGUUGUGCAAAACAAAUUGGAUUCCCCAAUGCCAUGGAUCGGCAUGUAUAUUGCAGCAGCUUCUGUAGUCUGCUCCCUUGCAAUGGCAGCUGACGCCUUCCAUGGAUUUCGUAGUAAAAGGCUGUGGUUCCCUUGUAAGUACUUUUCUUUCAAUGCCAUGUCUUUGACACUAUUAGCUGUCACAUUGAAACUACCAAUGGAUUUUACUGCCAAUACGUUGGGGAUGAAUGAAAGCAUUGCACGGGUUAGUAGCCUCGUUUUCAUGUUAAUUGCGAUGGCAAAUUUUAUGACAUCUUUGGGGACCAUGGACGAUAAUGAGAUGCUACUAAACUUAGCUGCUUUAGGUAUUAUGAUAAUUACAGUCAUUGGCAAUGUUUAUGCCCACCUUUUCGCAAUGUAUUCUUAUCUUCCUGGAGUAUUAUACGAAGAAAUUGUAGCAACGGGUUUUAUCUUUAUUUCACUUGUUAUGUUUUGUUCUUCAGCUUUGACCGUUCUAACUACCCAAAGUUAUAUAGAAUGCAAGUACCAAGAAAUGCACAAAAUAGCUUUAGAUGAAGAAAAAGUAAACGGGCCAAAAUUUCCAGUUGACAAAUUGAGACUAGUGAUCAAAAAAUAUUGGGUGAUGGCAGUGACAGGAUGCCCCCAGUUUGUAAUGGCGCGUAGUGUGACUUGCACUGCUUCAGGUUUGAUAUGUGUAUUAGUUGCUCUCACUUUAAUAGAAGCUUAUAUUCGGAUACCAAGACUAUACAUAGCAGAGAGGGAUUUUUCUAGCUAUAAGUGGUCAAUCAAAUGGAUUUUAUACGUUCAGUCAAUUGGAGUGGCAUUGGGUAUUAUUGCCCCUGCAUUCAGAUGGUUUAGUGCUGCCCGGUUUAAGUGUUCAGAUAUAGGCCGGAAAAGCUUCAAGAUCGAGUUAAAAAUUGAGAGUUAUUGGCUUCAGAGACUUGUGGACUUGAGAGAAAGCCCAUUACCCUUACAAAUUCGACACCACAAGUGGAAAAAAAUUCUUCAUGAUGUAAGAAGACUACUACUGAAUUGCUGUCUUGGAGUACAGUAUCUAUUGGUUUGGGCAAGUGAACUUGUUCUUGUCGUUUCUGCCUCAUUCUUCCACCACAUCAGGAAGCUGAAGAUAUUUGUUAUGGGUGCUUCUGAUGAUACCGAAGGAUCAGAUUAUGGUGGCGAUGCCCAGUUGGACCUUACUCGUUAUGUUCUUCUACUUCAAGGAGAGCCUGAAAUUCCCAAAAAGACCCUCAAAAUCAUCUGGAAUGAGGUGGACAGGAUGACAGAGAAAGGGAAAAGACAGAAGCCGAUCAACCUAAUUGAACUUCUACAUAAAUCUAACAACUUCAAUGGGGUUAGAAAAUUUGACAACAAUCGAGUUCCAAGUUUACAUUCUCAGGAGCCUCCUAAUAGCUGGUCUCUACCUGUGAAAAUUGUCCGAUUGGACAAAUGGCCGCAAAGAGUGGUGGCACCACCGGAACAGCAGCAUGAGCGAAGGGAAAUAAGUGAAGGUGAUUUGCCAGUAUCAAUGUUCCUGACAGCUAUAGCAGCACCCAUGCGCUCAAGCAUUGUGUAUCCAGAUUUUGGGGUGAAUAACUUUCAGAUCAGGCCAGAUUGGAUUAACUUGAUGAGCAACAAUCUGCAAUUCUACGGGUUACCUCAUGAGAAUCCGAACACACAUAUCUCCAGAUUUCUCAGAAAUUGUCAGAACUUCCAUGCUCCGGGGGUCAAUGAAGAUGCUAUUAAAUUAUGA